CCGAUAUAAAACACGGUUUUCAUGCCGGGACCCUCAGUUUCCUCCAAGGUGGCCAAGCACGAAGGUGCUCUCUGAGGCAGACAGGAGUAGAAGCAAAAAUUGUGCACGAUUAUACCCCUCAGUUCCUUGAACCCUCGUCAACUGAUCGACCAACCGGUUGCUUAAGCGAUUUUUCAGUGAUUUCUGACUUUUCACCGUUAGUUCGCGAACCACGAUGACGCAGAUCGUGCGAACAAUAUACGAUGGUUACCGGGACCUAAUGGACAAUAAGAGCGAUCCGAGGGUGAACGACUGGCUGCUAAUGAGCAGCCCGUUUCCGACCCUGGCUAUAUGCUUGUCCUACGUCUACUUCGUCAAAGUCCUCGGCCCGAAACUCAUGGAGAAUCGCAAACCGUUCGAUCUCAGGAGGGUCUUGAUAUAUUAUAAUCUCUUUCAAGUGAUAUUCUCCACGUGGCUGUUCUACGAGUCGGUGAUGUCCGGUUGGGGAGGUCAUUAUUCUUUCCAAUGCCAACCGGUGGACUAUUCGAAUGAUCCUCUGGCAGUUCGAAUGACACACGGCUGCUGGUGGUACUACUUCUCGAAAUUCACCGAGUUCCUGGAUACAAUCUUCUUCGUACUAAGGAAGAAGAAUGAUCACAUCUCGACGUUGCACGUAAUACACCACGGGUGCAUGCCGAUGUCCGUUUGGUUCGGUGUCAAAUUCACUCCUGGCGGCCACAGCACGUUCUUCGGACUGUUGAACACGUUCGUGCACAUCAUCAUGUAUUCGUACUACCUUCUGUCCGCCCUGGGACCCAAAGUGCAACCGUACCUCUGGUGGAAGAAGUACCUGACCACUCUGCAGAUGGUCCAGUUCAUCCUGGUGAUGAUCCACGCGUUCCAGCUUCUCUUCAUCGACUGCAAUUACCCGAAGGCGUUCGUCUGGUGGAUAGGCAUGCACGCGGUCAUGUUCUAUUUCCUGUUCCGCAACUUCUACAACGAGGCAUACAGAAAGAAAAAAUCGUCGAUGAUGUUGAAGAAGAAGGAAGAGAAGAAACUGCAAUUGGACGAAUCCAAGAAGCAAAACGAUGUCAAAGAGAACGGAGUGAUCUACGCGAACCAGUACAAAAUGGCCACCGGUUACAUAUCGGACAGUGGUCUCAGAAAUCGCGUGUUCAUUGACAACCGAGGCUUCCAGAAUUAGGUCGGCUCCGAGUCUUAGUCUACGUCAAGAUACUUGUAAUAUAUUCGUGACGAUAUAUGCUUCUGCGUGUAACGUUCACGCGGUAGCUACGAUUUCAUCUAAUCAACUUGAUUCAUUUCAUUGUCCUGCGCAGAGGAUUCUACGUUUCAUAUCUUCCAGACUUUCCGCGUAUGCUUAGGCGCCGAGUGUGUAGAUGUAUGCUCGUUAAGUAAGUGUAUGCACAGGUGAGUGAAGUAUAGAAUAUAAGCGGCGAGUUGGGGUCGCGAGGGUUGCCAAAUUUUCUCUCAGAUUCGUUGAGACUUUAUUAGAAUUAGGGAUGUAGCCGGGGUGUUUCUUUUCGUUGCGGCCGCAACGUCCUCAUUGCUCAAACCACUAAACAUAACGUGUUCCCGGCUUGAAACCUCGUCAAGGAGAUUAGGUAGAUAUCUCCUAACCAGUUCUUCUUAUAUGAUUCGCGGUGACUUGCCCGGUCGGGAGAGCUACUAAAGUAAUUACGUUGUAUGUUAGAUUUAAAUGAUCGCGGGUAACCGACGGAAGUGGAUCGAUUCUUCACGCGUUUGGAAUUAUUAUCGUUCGAAGAAAGAUAGGGCAUUACGUGUAUGUGUAAAUUUUGCUAGUACCGUUUCGCAAUGAGCGCGUAGAAGAAACUGCAAAAAAAUGCGGUUGUUCUUAGUUACCAUACAUAAUUUAUAUGGUGCAAUAUACAUAUUACCCUCUGGCAGUAAUUCUGUGAUAGUUAUCGGUUGGUACGCAGGCUCAUUUGCAACUAUUUUGUAAUAGGCGUUUAGAAAAAUUCUUCAAGGAACGUGUUGCCCCGAUUCGAGAAAUGCAGUUCUGAUCCAAUGCAGCGUACAUACAGCACAUAGAAUAACAAAUGACUUUGUACAAUGCAGACAGUUUGUUGUAAACAAAAGUGUAUUUAUUUUACCAUUAAACGUAAGAUUUUUACUGAA